CAGAAAUUCCCUUUCUUGGUGCACCGAUACGUUACGCGUAUAGUUAUGUGUGUGGCGCGUUUGUUUUCUUAUCGGCUCAGCAGAUUUGUUAUUGUAUCGCAGAGAGUCGUGAACGUCGAGUCUUUAUAUGCGCGCAUUGUGUAGCAUGCGACACUUCAGCGUUGAGAGAUACUCUCAGUAGUGGCCUGCCCGCAGACCGGCUCGUAUAUUUACGAGCACAUAACCGACGAGUGUUUUUGAUCAAGUGUUAUGUCGGAUCCAUUCCGUAGCGCAACGACAACGUCCGAGGAAGAAGAAGAAGAGAGGGAAAUUUACAGUUCGAGCGGCGCAAUGGGUAAAAAGACCAAAUCCAAGAAAAGUCACAAGAAGAAUAAGAAAAUCAGGACGAGUCCGUCGGAUCAGCAGCAGCAACAACAGCAGCAGGAACGCAGCAAGAUCGAACCUGAAUCGGUGCAGCAGAAGCCUGAUCGCGACGUCGAGCGUCGUCGUCGUCGAGAAGAAACGAAUUAUUUCGAUCCCAGGGAACUCGAAAAAUAUCAACAAGUGAACCGGACACCGGAGAAUAGUUCAAAGAUGUGCUCUUUUUGCUUGAUCACUGGCCAUGCUACGUCUGAUUGUGAUCUCAGGAGACAGUGCAAAAUUUUGAAUAAAUUGCGUUGCGAAUUUUGUGAGUUUUAUGGGCACUCCAUCGAUGAUUGUCCAAUUUACGGGAAUGAAAUUUGCAGUUUUUGUGGAUUAAAAGGGCAUGACCACGAACGUUGUGAAACAUUAAUAAAAGCAAUGAGAGGCUCUCAGAAUGCAACAAGAAAGUCUCCACCCGAAGCAAAAAAAUGUACGUUUUGUGGUGAUCCAGGUCAUGACGAUGAAUAUUGCCCAAAAAAAGAAGAAGAAAGAAGGUCUUCUAUGAUGAAUUAUUAUACAAGAACUUCUAGUAUUCACUCCUAUACCGAAUCAGAAAAUAACACUAACAAAUAUGGAUUUGAAAAAAACAAUAAAGAAAAAACUUUACUUGAAAGUAAAAAAGAAAAAUGUACAUUUUGCGAUGAAAAAGGUCAUAACGAUGAUCAUUGCCCAAAAAAAGCAGUAGAAAGAAGGUUUUCUUUGAUGAAUUAUUAUACAAGAACUUCUAGUAUUCACUCCUAUACCGAAUCAAAUAAUAACACUAAGAAAUAUGGAUCUGAAGAAAACAAUGAAGAAAAAACAUUACUUGAAAGUAAAAAAGAAAAAUGUACAUUUUGCGAUGAAAAAGGUCAUAACGAUGAUCAUUGCCCAAAAAAAGAAGAAGAAAGAAGGUCUUCUUUGAUGAAUUAUUAUACAAGCACUUCUAGUAUUAACUCCCAAACCGAUUCAAAAAAUAACAUUAAAGAGAAUGAACUUGAAGAAAACAACAAAGAAAAAACUUCACAUGAAAGUAAAAGAGAAAAAUGUACAUUUUGUGGUAAAAAUGGUCAUGACGAUGUAUGCUGCCCAGAAAAAGAAAGAGUUAAAGAGAACUCUUUCAAUUCAAUAUAUUCACCUAAUUUAGACAAUUGGAGCACAAAAGAUUCUGUUACAACUUUAUCGAGUGUUCAUUCCCAAACUAGAUCAGAAAAUAAUAUUAAAAUAAAUCAGCUUGAAGAAAACAAUGAAAAAAAUAUUACACUGGAUAGUAAAGUUGAAGAGUGUACCUUUUGUGGCAUAGAAGGUCAUGAUGAUGAACAUUGCUUAAAGAAAAAAGAAGCAAGAGAAAAGCCUAUGCUCGAUUAUUUUACAUCCGAUAUGGAUCAUAACAAAAAAUAUUCCACAAGGAAUGUUUCUAGUAGUUACCCCCCCAGUCGUUCAGAAAAUAAUUUCUCUGCAGUGCCUGGUGAUAUGGAAGAAAGAAACAGUAAUUUUUAUAGUAAAUCAGGUCAAGACAAUGAAUGCAGCUUACAAUUGAAACAAGAUAAGGGAAAUAGUUCUGAUUCUGAAAGAAAUCUUCUGCAGGGUUCUAAAAUUUAUCUAAUGAAUGCAUUUCAAUCAUUUUUUAAUCUAGGAUCAAAACCAAGUGAUUCUAAUAUUGAAAAUGAUGAAAAACCAUUUCAGGAGGUAAAACAUAAAAAAAAAAAUAAAACCCUUGAAUGUGAAUUAUGUUCAGAACAAGGACAUAAAAAAGAAAAUUGUCCAAUACAAGAAGAAUUAGAAAAAUUGGACUUAUGUGAUCAAGCAAGCAAGCAAGCAAGAAAUGAAACCCCUAAAUGUGAGUUAUGUUUAAAACACUGGCAUAAAAAAGAAAAUUGUCCAAUGGUAAAAGAAUUAGAAAAAUCAGAUUUAUACGGUCCAGAAAACAAGGAUUAUGAUCAUUCAUCAUAUUUUGAAUAUGAUAAAAAGAAAGAAAGCUAUCCAGUGGCUAAAGGAUUAGGAAAAUAUGAAAAUAAUGAUUCAUUUGAUCAUAGAAACGUGAAUUGUGGGCUUCCAUCAUAUUCAGAUUGUUUGAAAGAUUCAAAAAAAAAUCCAAAGAGUUCCAAAAAUAUUAACAGCAAAAAAGACUCUGAGAGUGACUUAUGUAAUAAAUAUCAAAAUAUGAACUUGUGUAAUGCUAAUCAAGAUAUUGACAUGAAGAAAAAUAAGUCUUCAACAGAACAAUUACAGGCGAAAAUAUUAACAGGUGUAAGAGAACUGUUGCCUAUAAUUUGUACAAUGCAUCAUUGUUGUUAUAAAUGUCAUCCCCCAAUUAAACAUUUGAAUCAUGAUCAUAUAUCUUGCAAAUUUAUGAAUGAAAAAUUUAAAUUAUGUGAUGCGAAUGUUCAAAGGAUUAAUUGCAACAUUUGUGAUCGACAAUGUGCAUAUGCAGAAGAUCCAAAAGAGAACUAGAUGAAGAACGUAUUAUAAAAUUGUCUAAAAUUUGUACCGAUCAUCUUACAUUCAAAAUGUUUCCCUCCCCUUUCCCUAAAAUCUUGUAUUUUUAGAAUUAAAAUUAUCUGAUACAAAUGUUAAAAAUGUUAAAUGUAUUUUUUGAGCUGGACAAGAUGUAUCUGAAAAAUGUCAUAAUACUUUCUUUUCAAGUAGACUAUAGCAAAAUCAUUAAAAAAUGUUCAUACUUUUCAUAGAUUUCUAUGACUAUAAGUGUAUGACAAUAAUUGAAUGUUAUACUUUUGCAGUAAUUAUUGUUGAAUAAUUACUAUUUUCAAUAAAGAUAGAUUCUAUCAAUAAACACAUCAAAAA